GUUGGCAAGGAAAUCAGCAAAUUAGGGCAGGGGAGGGAACAGGAAGGCUAGGGUUUGUUAUUUGGGUCGCGGGGUUCGACGUCGUCCGGUCUUUUGCUCGCGUUCUCGGAUCGAGAGUAGGAAUUUCGUCGUCACGGACAGCAGCACGAACAGCACGCAGCAGCAGCCAUGGCUCCCUUCCUCGCCAGAAAGCCUGCCGCUGGGGCAACGAAGGGUAAGAAGAAGGCUGCCACUUACACGAUCGACUGCGGCAAGCCGGUCGAGGACAAGAUUAUGGACAUCGCCUCGUUCGAAAAGUUCCUCCACGACAGGAUCAAGGUCGGAGGAAAGGCUGGUGUUCUUGGAGAUGCUGUCACCAUCACCCGCGAGAAGAACAAGGUCAGCGUUACCGCCGAGAUCGCUUUCUCCAAGAGAUACCUGAAGUACCUCACGAAGAAGUACCUGAAGCAGCACAACGUCAGGGAUUGGAUGCGUGUGGUUGCUCACAACAAGGAUAGGAACGCGUACGAGUUAAGAUACUUCAACAUUGCGGAGAAUGAGGCUGAGGAUGACGAGUAAAUUUUAGGGAUCAGAUUUCAAAAGUUCAUGGCAAUGUGCCUCUGAAAUUUAAUACCGGUGAUUUAUGUAGAUUAUCAGCGCGUGUGUUACGCGUACAUAAAGAGCACGUUUUAACUCCACUUUCACAGCAACUCAUUGCUGAUGAAGUCUGCGAGAUCUUAUUCGCAAAGGUGGAGACGGAGAAACUCAAAUUUUGGGCAAACUUUGGAGAUGUGUUCCACGAGUUGAGUUGUAAGCCGGUAUUUCCAAGACCUGUCGAUGGAGUUAUGACACACGAGGGUGAUACCCUUAAGUUCACUGCUUGCA